CGUUGUCAGGGUCAGGAUGGACAUUUCAACUUUUACUCAUCUUCUCCAAAUAUUUAUGUAUAUCUCCCUGUGAGAAAAGUUGGUCCAUUGAUUUAUCGCCAAAAAUAUCUCACACCCCAACCCUACACUAUUUUCAUCCCCUAAAUACUCUCUCAAAUUUUCCCUCGAUCUUCGCCGAUCUGACCUCUGCACCAUGGCUAAUGCGGCUUCAGGAAUGGCGGUGCAUGAUGACUGCAAACUCAAGUUUAUGGAAUUGAAAACGAAACGAACAUAUCGGUUCAUAGUAUUCAAGAUUGAGGAUAAACAGGUUAUUGUGGAAAAGCUCGGUGAACCAGCCGAAACUUACGAGGACUUCACCAAAUGCCUCCCUGAUAAUGAGUGUCGUUAUGCAGUUUAUGAUUUUGACUUCAUGACCCAAGAGAAUGUCCCAAAGAGCAGGAUUUUCUUUGUUGCGUGGUCACCCGACACCUCAAGGGUGAGGAGCAAAAUGAUUUAUGCAAGCUCUAAGGAUAGGUUCAAAAGGGAAUUAGAUGGCAUUCAGGUGGAGCUGCAAGCAACUGAUCCAACUGAGAUGGGUCUUGAUGUCUUCAAAAGCCGCGCAAAUUAAAUUUCCUCAAAGUUGCAUCAAAGUACGAUAUAUUCUAUUUGCUCUACUUGCAAGCAAUGUUAAUAGUUUGUGAAACAGUGGUACCUGGUUAAGCUAUUAUAUCGGUCUAUUGUCGAGUUCUAAUUCUAUGUUCCUGUUUUCAUCUAGAGCCAAUUCAGUCAUUUGAUCUUAUUUUAUGAAUUUUUUUGGUGUGGAAUUUCGGUUGUGCUGUGGCCUGGGGCUGGAUGACUUUGUUGAAUUUGCUUCUAUAUUUGGGAAAUGAACUCUUGUCUUUUCUGAC